UAAUACCCUAUUAAAUCUCUCCUCACCAAUAAAUAUAGAGACGUCUCCUAACGAAGGAAAUGGCCGUAGUUGUUGCUGCCACUUCCCUCUUGUUCAACUCCCCAACCUCUUCUAUCCUCCUCACUAGGUUACGUCCUUUCCCCCAAAUCUUGCGUUUCUCUCGUUCCUCUUCUUUCCCUCUGUCUUCUCAUUCUCAUCCGCAUCCUCGUAGAUUGCGUAUGGCCCACACUCUCACUCAGGCCACUCUUGGCCUCACUAAACCUGCAACUAUCGACUUUCCUAAUAUAGCUUUUACUGCGAAAGAUAUUGAUUUGGUGGAAUGGAAAGGAGACAUACUUGCUGUGGGUGUCACAGAAAAAGACAUGACCAAGGAUGAGAACUCUAAAUUUGUUAACUUGAUCUUGAGAAAGCUAGAUACCCAAUUGGGUGGUCUUUUAGCUGAAGCAUCGGCAGAAGAGGAUUUCACGGGGAAGGCUGGGCAAUCUACAGUGCUCAGGCUUCCUGGUUUGGGUUCAAAAAGGGUUGGUUUGAUCGGUCUUGGGCAAUCCGCCACAUCUUCUAUAGCGGCUUACAAAAGCUUAGGCGAGGCUGUUGCAGCUACAGCAAAGGCUUCUCAAGCAAGUAAUGUCGCUAUUGCACUUGCUUCUUCUGAGGGUCUCUCAAAGGUUAACACCGCUUCAGCAAUAGCAUCUGGAGCCGUGUUAGGUGUUUAUGAAGAUAAUAGGUUUAAGUCAGAUUCAAAGAAGCCAUUGCUUAAGUCCGUAGAUAUUAUUGGUCUUGGUGUUGGACCUGAACUUGAAAACAAGCUCAAAUAUGCUAGUGAUGUUUGCUCAGGGGUUAUUUUUGGGCGAGAACUAGUUAAUGCACCAGCAAAUGUGCUCACCCCUGGUGUACUAGCAGAAGAGGCUUCAAAAGUUGCUUCCAUGUAUAGCGAUGUUUUUACUGCUAGCAUUUUGGAUGCUGAACAAUGCAAAGAAUUGAAAAUGGGUUCGUAUUUGGCUGUUGCUGCCGCUUCUGCAAAUCCUCCUCAUUUUAUCCAUUUAUGCUACAAACCUCCUAGUGGGACUGUCAAAACCAAACUGGCUUUAGUUGGGAAAGGAUUGACAUUUGACAGUGGUGGUUACAAUAUCAAGACAGGGCCAGGCUGUUCGAUUGAACUCAUGAAGUUUGACAUGGGAGGCUCUGCUGCAGUUCUAGGCGCAGCAAAAGCCAUUGGUCAAAUCAAACCUCUAGGAGUAGAGGUUCACUUCAUUGUUGCUGCUUGUGAAAAUAUGAUUAGUGGCACUGGCAUGAGACCAGGAGACAUUGUCACUGCUUCCAAUGGAAAGACAAUUGAGGUAAACAAUACGGAUGCUGAAGGCAGACUUACACUAGCAGAUGCUUUGGUAUAUGCUUGCAACCAAGGUGUCGAUAAGGUCGUUGAUGUGGCAACAUUGACCGGGGCUUGUGUUGUGGCUCUUGGACCCUCUGUUGCAGGAAUCUUCACUCCGAGUGAUGAUUUAGCUAAGGAGGUUACAGCAGCAUCAGAGAUCUCAGGAGAGAAGUUUUGGAGAUUGCCUUUGGAGGAGAGCUACUGGGAGUCGAUGAAAUCAGGAGUUGCUGAUAUGGUCAAUACUGGUAGUCGUCCAGGUGGCUCAAUCACUGCUGCACUCUUCUUGAAACAGUUUGUGGAUGAGAAGGUUCAAUGGAUGCACAUAGACAUGGCAGGCCCUGUUUGGAAUGACAAGAAACGGGCGGCAACAGGAUUUGGUGUUUCAACUCUUGUAGAAUGGGUGGUGAAAAACUCUUCUUAGUUUAGCCUGUUUAGGUGAAAUAGGUGUUAUUUACAGUGUGACCUCUUACUUUUUGUUAAAUUAAGCCCCUGGGCAAGCUUGAAAGCCUGCACGGUUUAUGAAUGAUUGGUGGUUGGAGAAAAUGUUCCCCUACUGCUGUGGAAUUUGUGAAAUAGAAAAGAGGCAGAGUAAUUAGUUUCAGUUAUCAAAAUUUAUUGAGUAGAGUCAACUUGCU